GUUUGAAUGUGGUCGGUUAUUCGGAGCCCCGAUGGAGCUGAGCGGCAGCGCGCGGAGGAGCGUUCGUCUCGCAGCUUCCACCGACGGCGCGGGCGGCGGCGCGGGGGACGAGGUCGCCCUCGAGCAGGCAGUCGAGUACUUCAUCAUCGUGAAGGAACGAACACCAUCAAAAGGAAUUGCUCACCUGGAGACGAUCGGAAGCAUUGCUUUUGCAAGGGGCUUAUUGCCGGAGGUUAUUGAGGCCCUGCUUGAUGUGGCUAUGAGUGCUAAGUUCGUUGAACGAAUAAAUACACGUCUCCUAAACUGCCUUAUUCCUGCUUCUGUCGUUCCUGAAAGUGCAGUGGUUAAAGCAAUAUCCUGGAUAUGUACGCGAAAACCCUCCACCAACAUACAGGUGCUGCUUUUCAGGUGGUUGUUAACUGUAUUUGACCUACUGGACUCCAAGAAACAACUGCAUUCCUUGUAUGGAGUAAUCUUUUUCUACCUUCAAAUUGACAAACUGUGUCCCUACAUCUGCCACCUGUUGUACCUGUUGACUAAAAAGGAACAUGUUAAACGAUUCCGAGUCAAGAAGCUGAUAGAGUUACAGGCCAAGAAGGGAAUGCAGCCACAUCUUGUGGCUCUGCUCUUGCUGUAUAAGAUCUACGCACCUCAAUUUGUUUAUUUAGCACUUCCUGCAAAGCUCAAGAACUUUCAAGUCUCCAAUUCCCAUUGGAAAAAAGCAAUUGAAAUUGUUCAGAACAAUGGCUAUAGAAGAUUAUCUGAAGCUCCUGUGGUUAUAGAUUUAACAAUGCCUCUGAUAAGGAAGAGAAAAAGGAAGAUUAAUUCUGAAAUGAUUCCAGUUAUCAGCAGCGUCUCGCACACCCAAGAUCUGUCCGUCGAGCUCAUGUUGCAGAGCGGAAGUUUCCCUUUGGAACAGUUGCGCACCUUUUCUCAAUUACUGCAGAAUUUUGAUCGGAUUGAGUUUCCUGCACAGAUGGGUUCAGUGCUGAGAUCCCCUCUACUGCUUCAUUAUAUUAAUUGGGUAAAGGAUGACUCUGCACUCCUACGACUGGAUUUUUGGCUGGCUCAAACACUUCAGGAAGAAUUUACAGACUGUAAAGGGGAUGACUUGCAGAAGGAAGCAGAGUUCAGGCAGUUUGUAAACCUCAUCACCGACGCUCAGGAAUUCCUGCAAGAAGGUUUUUCAUGCUGUGAGGAUUUUAUACUGAAGUGCUUUUCUCAAUGGGAUACUUCAUGGUGUAGUACUCAAAUCCUUACCUUGCUAACCAGGAUUCCACCUGGCUCUGUUGUGCUCGAUCUUUAUCUUGAUCCAUUAAUGAAGUUGUUCUUCACUUCCUCUAUUUAUUUCAAGUGCAGUGUGAUUGAAAGCCUAAACAAUCUUCUGAUUAAUUGGCUGACCUGGCAUUCUGUGUGCGUGGCUAAGAUGGACAAGGAGAUUAACAAUAUUUUGCAGAGUCCACAGAACGUGACCCUGGCUGGAUUGGUGAAUUCCAUUUCUGAACUUGUGGAAUUUACCGCAAGAAUUUCCACAGUCGCACUUCAGGUGGAGGCAUACAACAGCUUGCUGCUACAUUUCAUCCUCAACUUCUAUGAGACGGUGUCUGAUAUGUAUUUAAAAUACAGUCUGCCGCUGGUGAUUAUGCCUCCUCCUGGUGUGUUCUACCCCACUCUACUGUGUUUGGAGUCAGUGAGCCUGAAUCAGCUAUGCUACAUCAUGAAUCGGUACCGCAAAAACCUAAUAGCAUUGAAGUCUUCAGAUGCAAGUAAAAAAGCUCAAAUAGGUUUGAAAGUGAACAGUAGGACAUUUCAUCAAUACAACACUUGUGUAAAAGCUAUUGUAGGAUGUUUGUGGACAUCCAGAGUCUUUGCACAAGACAGCCAUCUGAUGGGAAUUGGGAUUGUAAAUGAUGUCCUGGCCCACAUUGGGGACAAAGACUACAAGAACAGCUUUACUAUUGUUAAUCACCCUGCACUUGUGGGACAUGCCUUAAAUUUCAUCCAGAAGGGGUGGCCGAAUGAAAAGAAGCGAUUGUGGACAAUUAAGGGGAAGGUGUGGAAUUGGUAUAUGGAGUACUUGGGUGACAAAGGACUUGAUGGAGUUACUGAUUUCCUUGAGUGCAGCAUCACCAGAUUGUCCAGCACAGAACAUUGACGUGCAAGGCUUUGCUGCAAUGAACUGCACUAUCAGGACCAUCCUGAGACUUCCCAGCUUUAAUCUGCUUCUGCUUAAGACACUAGCUCCUUAAGCGUUUCCUAAUAACUGUAGACGCUGUGAAUGAGAUGGCAGAAUGGAUGAGUUAUGUAGAGGAUUCCAAGUGUUUUCAGAAAGGAAUUGGACCAAAGUGACAAGAAUAGGACAAGAAAGCAAAGUGUCUGUGUGUUACACAGAGCACAUCAGUGGUGCACAUCCUGCUGCACAGUUUGUGUUUUCCAGGAGCAAGCAGAAUAUUCUAUUAAUAUAAUGCCUCAGAUUAAACUCUUCUGUGUUCAUUCAGCACAAGCUGAGAAAGGUGUCACACCAAAGCACCAGCAUUAACAAACAAGAUGUGAAAUACUUUGCGAUGUGUAAGAAAUGUGAAGAGGUGAAGAUGAAAGCUGGAAGACAUGUCGGACUUGUUUGGGUCUGUGAGGAGAAUGAGGAGGAGAAGAGAGAUGAUCAUUGUGUGGAUGACUAACUUCCUGUAAACCAUGAUUUUAAAUACACUUUCAAUGAAAUAUUGGUGUUGUACAGAUUUAGGGCUGCAGCAAUCUUAUAUUGUAUUUCCUUUCCCAGAUAUGUGGCUCAGUGUAUUAACACACAGAUAUGCUACAACAAGUUAAAGUAAAUGGAUAGUCCCAAAGGUUUUGGAGGCUAUUCAUCACUGUACUGCUGCCAGAGUACAAAUCGCAUCCCUGCUCUAGGUACAGCUGUAUAAUGGCUGGCCUUCUGAAUACAUAAACGCUUCUUUAUCAAUUUUAAACCGGGUAUGGGGGGAUGUAAUGAUUUUUUUGAGUAGUUGUAAAUUUCUUUAGCUACUGAAUAGUAUUGAUUUGUUGCAACCGAUUCAUGCAUUUUUAAAACUUGGUUAGAUGUAGAGAAACACAACUAACCAAACAACGUGUCGUGUGUGUGUGUGUGUUCAUAGCAGCUCAUGCACUGAGCUGGUUCAAAUGAAUUCCCUUGGCGUAUCCUGUGUUAAGUUCUGGCUAUUUUUUUUUCAAAGCUUUAUCUAAUUUCAUUAUGUUGUAAAUUCCUUACUUCAUUAUUUUUGACAAGUGUUGUAU